GGAGCUUCCCGGCGCUCCGCCCGCCGCCGGCACAGUCCGUGCGGAGCCGAGCCGUGCUGUCCUGUGCCGUGUCGGGGAUGAUGAGUGUGUGAGAGCCGUAAAGCAGCGUCUGGGGCCGGGAGCACCUGCUACUUCCAGGGCAAGAUGCCACAGACACCUCCCUUUGCAGCCAUGUUUGACAGCAGCAGCUACAACAGGAACCUGUAUCAGUCAAAAGAGGACAACUGUGGAGGGCUCUAUUACCAGGACAACAAUCUCCUGUCGGGGUCUCUGGAAGCUCUGAUCCAGCACCUGGUACCCAACGUGGAUUACUAUCCUGAUAGGACGUACAUCUUCACCUUCCUGCUCAGCUCCCGCCUCUUCAUGCACCCGUACGAGCUCAUGGCCAAGGUCUGCCAGCUGUGCACUGAGCAGCAGAGGCUCAGCGAGCCUGGCCUGGACAAGAACUGGACCCAGAAAAUUGCACCAAAAAUCCUGCAGUUGUUGACUGAGUGGACAGAGACUUUUCCUUACGAUUUCCGAGAUGAAAGAAUGAUGAGGAACUUAAAGGAGCUGGCACAAAGAAUAGCCAGUGGAGAUGAGAUGUACAGGAAGAGCGUGCAGCAGCUCCUCCAGACCCUGCUCCGCAAGCUGGCCGCCGUGACCCAGUACGAGGAGGUGCUGGCCAAAAUCGAUGCCUCCACAUCCACAGAUCGCCUCACACUCCUGAAAACCAAGCCCCAGUCCGUGCAGAGGGACAUAAUCACAGUCUGCAAUGAUCCCUAUGUGUUAGCUCAGCAGCUGACACACAUAGAGCUCGAGAGACUCAAUUAUAUUGGACCAGAAGAAUUUAUCCAGGCGUUUGUGCAAAAGGAUCCUUUGAAUAAUGACAAGAGCUGCUACGGGGAGCGAAAGAAGACUCGGAAUCUUGAAGCCUAUGUGGAGUGGUUUAACAGGCUCAGUUACUUGGUUGCAACAGAAAUCUGCAUGCCUGUGAAGAAGAAGCAGAGAGCAAGAGUGAUAGAAUAUUUCAUCGAUGUGGCACGGGAAUGUUUCAACAUUGGCAACUUCAACUCCUUAAUGGCUAUUAUUUCUGGCAUGAACAUGAGUCCUGUGUCUCGAUUAAAGAAAACCUGGGCAAAAGUGAAGACAGCCAAAUUUGAUAUUCUUGAGCAUCAGAUGGACCCUUCCAGCAAUUUUUACAAUUACCGAACUGCUCUGCGUGGAGCGACUCAGAGGUCCCUGACAGCUCACAGCAACAGGGAGAAGAUCGUGAUACCUUUCUUCAGUCUCUUGGUCAAAGAUAUUUACUUCCUCAACGAGGGUUGUGCCAAUCGCCUUCCCAAUGGCCAUGUCAAUUUUGAGAAAUUUUGGGAAUUGGCAAAACAAGUCAGUGAAUUUAUGACAUGGAAGCAAGUGGAGUGUCCUUUUGAAAGGGAUUGGAAGAUUCUGCAGUACUUGCUCUCUGUCCCAGUCUUCAGUGAUGAUGCACUUUACUUGGCUUCCUAUGAAAGUGAAGGUCCUGAGAACCACAUUGAAAAGGACAGAUGGAAGACACUAAGGUCAGCGCUUCUGGGCAGAGUCUAGAGCACACCCUGUCUGCUGUUGCUGUGUUACACGGAUUGCCAAGGGCCAUGGCUUGGUUUACUUUUCUGUGCACUGAGUGGCACUCAGAAUGAUGAAAGAUGUGCAGUCAGUUGCAAUAUUGUGGCAGCAAACAUGAAAGAAGUUAAUUCAAGAACAAACAGGCGGCUUCUCCCAUCUGACAGAUGAGAUAAAAUCACAGCCCACUCAUCUGGGAUUCAGGCUGAAGUAUUGAUUGAGAAUCCUUUGAAGAUCUCAGAUGCUGCCUAUGAGUCAUUUCACACCUGGAUAGAAUAUUCUUUCCUUUCCUUUUGCUGCAGCUUGCUGCUACAAGGACUCUGCAGAGCUGCUAGAAGGACUCACAGGAGGCUACAGAGGGGAAAUGUUCACCGUUCCUUUCAGUGAAACCCAAGUCUGCAUUGAAGAGCUCUCAUUCCUAAUAAGCUGAAUAUAUCCCAGAAGUUUGGGAUUGCUAAGAAGGGAAAGGACUGGACACAAGAAUUUGCUGCUGAGGAGAAUUUCUCCCUACCACUGUAAUGGUGGCUGGGUUUUUUGUCUUUUUCCAAUGUGUUUUUGAGUUGGCUGCUGGCAGGCAAACUCAUUAUUAUUUUAAGUUAUUUAAAAAAAUAUAAAGUAAUAAAAAUCUAAGCUGUGGUAGAAAAUGCACCUGCUAUAAAAAGGUAGUAGCUAUGUAGCUCUACAACUUCUAGAGAGGCUUUUUCUUUUGUUCACUUCUUUACAACUAACACUACAUGCUACAGACACACUUUUUUUACCAUGCGGUUUUCUUACUCUUGAUUUUCCAUACUUGACCUUCUUCUUAUAUUAGGUUGAACAAGCUGACUUUUUUAGAAUAAUCAUUGAGAAACUGGCAUAAAAACUGUUGAAAUGUGAGAAAUGUAUGUUUUUAUUCAGUAAUUUUUAUAACUGCCUUUUUUUUGAAAGGGUAACAGUGGAGAACACAGUCCACUUUGACUGAAACA